CUCUCUCAAACCAGCCGUGUCUGAUAAAAACCUGCGUCAAGCGGAUCGUGAGGACGCUUUGGCUUCUAUUUAGCAACUACUCAAAGAAGUGACUUACUGCCAACAUGGUGGCCCGCUCUGUGCUGGAUUACGACAGACACACUUUCCAUGUCACCGCGGUAACGCAGUUUCCCGCUUCGUUUCCAAAUACGAAAGAUGACGACGACACGGGUACUUGGAAUGCAUACUCGUACUUCCUUCCCUUCACCUCAUGAUUUAGGAUUUCUAGUGAGAAUUAAUCAUUCAUACCUUUAAAUUCUGAAAAAAUAUGAAAUCUCUUUACGAAAGUUAUUAUGGAACACAUGAUUACAUGCUCGUUAAAGUUAGUAAAGAAAAGUAUUAGAAAUAGACGAAGCGUAAAAGGCAAUUGGCAUCUUAGGAUUCAUUCACACAGACUCGUUUUUAAUUUUCGAUGAAAGAGUGUUCCAACAGAAUAAUUAUUUUCAAAUAUAAUGUUCACACGUCAGUGUUAUUAAAUAGCGAAGGUCUUUAUUGCGCAGUCUAGUGUUUGAGACAUUGGCUUUAAAGGCGAAAAAUAAAGAAUAUUUUUAAAAGAAAACAUUUGUUUCAUUUCAAGGCCUUUAAAAACAUUAGUGCAAAUAAGGCCUUAGGCUUGUACAGACCUAGCAAGUUAUGUUUACUGACACUCAUUUGUUAGUUUUUGUGAUUAAAUAUGAGGUUUAGAGUCAUCUUUUAACACGUUUCGUAUCGUAUUACAUUCUAGUCAGUGACGAGACUCACUGCUCGACAAGCGUUUCAUGAAUCUUAUCAUUAGAAUGAGGUUUACAACCCUCAGCAAAAUAUUUCUGUCCGCGAUUUUUUUCGUCGUUUUUGUAACAUUGAUACGAAAUAUAUCACAAAGAAUCGGCAUCCGUCCUUUGCAUACAAGUUCCACAAAAAUGAAAAGGCCUGGAAUGAAGUACAUAUUACUUUGGACUGAUCCGGAGAACAUACCGUUUAAGCAUAUGGGUAUAGGUCGCACUGGAUUCAUUGAAAGAAAAUGCCCAUACACAAACUGUAUAGUAACAGGCAAUGAGAGCCUAUUGAACAGUAUUCUCGACUUCGACGUUAUAGCAUUCGCUGGACCUGAGCUGACUAGGUAUUACACAGCAAUGAGGCCAAAUAAGAGGUUACCGUACCAGAAGUAUGUGUUUGCAAGCAUAGAGUCACCUUCCAAUUACCCAUUAUGUGCUAAUGAAUUUGAUGGAUACUUUAAUUGGACGUGGACUUAUAAACUGGACUCGGAUAUUCGAUGGGGCUAUAUUGUGAUUCGAGACAUUCAUAAUAAAAUAAUUGGUCCGAAGAAGGACAUGUAUUGGUUAAGGCAAGAUCAAAUGGCGCCUGUCAAUGAAACAUUUAAACAAAAAUUGAAGACUAAAACGAAGGCUGUUGUGUGGUUUGUAUCAAACUGUUUCACCAAAAGCCGACGAGAGAAUUUCGCAAAAAAUCUCGGAUAUGAAUUGAAAAAGUAUAAUUUGAAUUUGGCAGUGUAUGGCAAAUGCGGGUUCUUAAACUGUUCCCGUAACGAACAAAAUCGUUGCAAUAGAAUAGUUAGAAAACGAUUUUACUUUUAUUUGGCUUUUGAGAACUCCUUUAGUGAGGAUUACGUGACGGAAAAAAUGUUGACGCCUUUACAAAAUAACGCAGUACCAAUCGUGUAUGGGGGAGCCAAUUAUACCAGGUUUUUGCCAGAUGGAUCGUAUUUGAACGCAAAAGAAUUAGGAAUAUAUGCGCUUGCUGAGAAAAUAGAUGAACUUAUUAAAAAUCCAGAUAUGUAUGCUGAAUAUUUUAGGUGGAAGAACCAUUAUACUUAUCAUAAAACGACAGAUAGUGUAGAAACAAAUGAAUAUUGUAAAAUGUGUGCCGCUCUGAACGAUGAAGAGUCUGUGAGAAAGAAAACGGUGUAUAACGAUUUUACUGAUUGGUGGGAGAGUUAUGACGAGUGUUAAGAUUUUGAAUAACUUUUUUUUACUUUUAAAACAAGGCACUAUCAUAGACACUGGGGCCUAUAGUUUUGUUCAUGUUAUAAACCCAUAUUAAAUGUGCGUCCUCAUUGAAAAUGAAUUAAUAUAAUACUACUCUUAACAUUCAACGAGUUACGUAGAACGAUAAUGUUGUUUAUUGAAUCAAUUUCUUACAUCGUAAUUUCAAAAAACCGAUUUAAUUCUACAAAUUUUAAAGGCCUGUGUGCAGUAGACCUUGCCGAUGUCAUUGUGUAAAAUGAUUUGUUUAGUUGUUUUGUUAUAGUAUUUGUAGUACAUUUUUUAUACUAUGUAAAAUAAACAUUUAAUUUCAAAAGUGUACUGUUCAUGUUUAUUCCGGUCGUAAAAUUGUAGAAAAUGGAAAAGCGUAAUUUUAAACAUGUUAACAGUUUGAAGCAUGAAAUUGAAAUGUGUAGCGAUGCAUUGGAUUC